UAGCGCGCCGCCGCACUCGAGCUUGUCCCCAACCACCAUGUCCGUCAGUAUCAAGCUCUCCAGCAACGGCCUAACACGCCGCGUAUCCUUCCCCAACACCCCAGCUUGGCCUGAGCUCGCCAGCAGGGCCGCCGAACUCUAUGCGAUCCCUCUGAGCAACGUCGCGGUAUCGUAUGUAGACAGCGACGGCGACGAAGUCACAGCUAGCACCCAGGGCGAACUCGACGACUUCUUCCGCCAGAAUGGCAGCGCGCCGAUCAAGCUCGUCGUCUUCGACAUGGAGCAGGCACGCAGCGAGACUCGCUCCGUUCCCCACACUCCCCGCACGUUCAACAACAUGCCAUCUCGCAACACAUUCGGGACGGACCCCUUCGAUCUCGGUGGCCCUUGGGAGCGCAUUCCAUCGGGUGGCGCACCGUACCCUGCCUACCCUCUCCCUCCUCGGUCGGACUCCAACCGCUUCGAGGAGCUUGGGUCCACCGCCACCAGCCUCCGCUCGACGAGGUCCACACCGAAGCCGGCCAAUAUCUCUAUCGAACGCGACGAUGACAUGUUCAGCGAUGUGUCGUCGAUCGCCUCGCAGAGGUCCGAGAAGUUCGACAAAGGAAAGGCUCCUGCCCGCGCGCCUAGCGUCCACACUGUCUCCUCGACGGAGUCGCUGCUCGACGGCGCUGACUCGGUCCCCAAGCCGCCAUUCCAUAUUUAUGCUGCCACGCCCGACAUGCCCUCGUUCGACCUCAAGCCGGAGGGCUCUGUCCGCGACUCGCAGGCGCCUCGCGUGCCCGCGGAGAGCACCCCGAAGGCAACUCUGCAGAACUUCCCGCCUUCCAGCACGCGCAGCCGCUCUACCCGCGGUGGCUCUGUCGCAGAAACACCGCAGCACCAGCCAGAGCCGCAGCAGGCCGAGGAAGCCGAAGACCCGCCUCUCGCGGAACAGGACACCACUCCUCCUCAGGCGUCUCUCACCCACGACGUCGCCACACUUCUCGAUGCGCUCUCCGCCGUGUUCUCGACGCACCCCGAGGUCACGGAGAGUCUCCGCAGCAUCAUGCAGAACGUGUCCAACGGCGCCUACUGGUCUGCUCAUCGUGAGGCCCUCUCUCGCGCCGCGCAGGACAUUGCGCAGUCUGCCACCGAAGCCGCUGGCGAAGUCAGACAGCGCGCUGAGGAGGAGGCUGGUCGUCGCGUCGCAGAGGCUCUCGGUGGUUUUUUUCGGACCAUUUCUGAGGUAACGGGCAUGCCGCCUCCUCCGCCCGGCGCCUUCGGUGCGCCUCCGGGUCCCCCGCCGCCCGGUAUGGGUCCUCCGCCCUUCGCCCCCCCGCCGCCGUUCGGGGGAUGGGGCGCUAGGGGCCGUGGCGGAGGUGGUCCGUUUGGUGGUCGCGGUGGGCAUUUCGGUGGUCGCGGUGGACAUGGUCACCAUGGCGGUCCAUUCGGUCGUGGAGGUCCAUUUGGCGGUCGCGGAGGGUUCGGUGGUCGCGGCGGACAUUUCCCGCCCGGAGGCCCCUUCGGAGGUCCCAUGCCGCCUAUGGGAGGCCCUCCGGGAGCUGGUCCGCAUAUGGGUGACGGCAGUCCGGACUCUGAUUGCCCUGCUGGUCCUCAUCCGCCGUUCCCGUACUGGCCUGGAGGCCCGACGCCUGAGGGAAUGGAUCCGUCUGACUUCCCGACCCAUCCGUUCUCGCAGUGGGGCAGCUUCCGCGGCCAUGCAGGCGGCUUCCACACCUGGCAGAACUCGCGUGAGCUACGCGCGUCGGUUGAGGCGGCGAAGUUCUUGUACCAGGCUGAGAAGCAGCGCUACCGUGAGGAGCGCGAGCGCCGCCGUCAGGCUCGUCAUGCCGGACAGGAGUAUAUGGACGUAACUACCGAGGAAAUUCACGUCCCCCCUCCGGCCCCGGUGCCGCCUCGCCCCAUCGAGGUCGUGAACAUCAGCAACAACUCACCCGCACCGCCACCGCCGCCUCCCAUCCCUGCCCCGCCUCCUCCAAUGCUCAACACGGCGGUGCCGCCUCCUCCCCCGCCUCCCGCUGCCCCGCCCGUCAACGCGCACCCCGUAAGCAGCGCUCGCGGCUCGUACCCGGCAUUCGAGAUGUUUAGCAUGUCCUCCUCGCAGCCCAGGCGCACGGCGUCGAAUAGCUCAACCCAGCCCCCGGCCCGCACCGUGUCGGGCAGCUCCACGACGCAGCCGCGCCGCUCUAGCACGCGCUCGUCGACUGCUGAUGCGCAAGCGCGCGCUGUUGCAACUGUCACGAAGCGUCUUGCUGAGAUGGGCUUUACGGAGCGGAACAGCGAAGGCCUCCAGGACGUGAUCAAGGAGGCGAUCCCAGCCAACGGCAACCUCUCGAAGUCUCAGGAGCAGGACAUUGUGACGAGCGUGCUCGAGCAGAUGCUCCCGAAGUCCCCCAUGGCGCAGCCCGUCGCGUCGGGUUCGGGCACCAGGACGCAGGACAUUCCGGGCACCUGGCUGUAAGGUCUUGGGAGACUGCGAAGCUAGUAUGAAGGAGCUAUAAUCGGCAGAAGAUUCAGGUAGGUAUGAGUAUCAUGUAUGCGAUGAUCUUUGGGAUAUACGAUGGGAUGGGUUUAUGAUUGGUUUGGAAUGCGCCUUCGCCCAUAUCGUUGAACGAACUCUGUAACGAUGUACCUUACGCUUGACUUGUACAAUAAGAGAGUGUACUGCUUGUGAACUGGACGUCUGAACAGAUGCGGAAGUUCUGCAAUUGGAUCU